AUGGGUAGUCUACCUAUUCUUCUGCUGCUCCUAUUCCUUGUUCAAACUGCUCUAGCUGAUGACACAUGUCUCAGUCGGGGACAACUCUUCGGAGUCAUAUUUGGAUCUGUGGCUGCUGCAUUUCUGAUUUCUGCUGCACUUGCUAUGAUUCUAUAUGUUUGGUACAGACGUUCUAGCACAUUGAGAGAAACAGAUGAAAAGUCAGCUUAUGCAAACGAUGCAUGUGACGUGGAAGACAAAGGAUGUGAUGCUCCGAAAUCUAUAAAUAAGGACAAAAUGACAAUGAUCGAUUCAUUCAAAUUGAAAAGGAAAAUGGAAGACACUGGAACUCAAAAAGCAUAUUCCAUGGAGUUUUUGAAUGAGGUCGAGGGGAAAGUAGGCGUCCAGCUACGCGGAGAAGACAUCGGUGGACUUGGAUUCAAUAUUCAAGGAAAUAUGAAUGAGGGAAUAUUUGUCAAAGAGAUCAUUUCAAAGGGUAUUGCUGAACAGUGCGGGAACAUUUUGGUUGGAGAUAAAAUCAAGUCAUUGACCAUUAACUUUGAGAACAUGGUAUAUGAAGAUGCGGUGACUUUACUCAGUUAUUCAUCUCCGUACAAAGUAAAGCUGGAACUUGAAAGAAAACUUUCCGAAAAUGCGUCUACCAGUGAUAGUGAUGAUGAAAAGGAAAUGAGAUAUCAUCCACUAUUCCGCAGUAACACACUGACUCAUGUUCAUUUCAAUCCACUCGGCACAAUUUCCACUCCAACUUCUGUUGCCACAACUCCUCAAAGAUGUACUUCAACUGACUCAAAACAAAAGCAUGCUCUUCCCGCAAAGAAGGAAAUGGUCGAACCUGAUUCGACAACUUGUGCUGAUGACAGUAGCCAGGCACGUGAUGCGGAUAACAGUCGAAUGGAUAGCAGUGAUUAUGGUAGCGAUGGAGUAUCCGAUUGUAGGGAAAGUACUGCAAGUGAUGGAACCCAGAAAACAUUGAGUGAUAGAAUUGAAAUCACUGAUAUCAUUUUCGAUAAGGUCAAAUCACCAACUCCACCGAUUGCAAGAAAGUUGGAACAGUGUACCGAGUUACCGCCAAAACCAAGAAAGAUGAUAUCCAGGUCCCCAUCACCAAUUCACAAACCACCACCGUCUCCAAAAGUGAACAGAGCCACCAGUCCGAAGAAAUCGCAACAAGUGGAAGACUCAACUCAAACUGCAAAGCUUUCUGCUGAAACCAAACCGACUCAAACUGAAACCGCGAAAGCUCCUAUCCCACCUCCAAUCAGUUCGAUUCCAGUUCGAAAAGAGAUGGAGACCCAAACAAAAACACCUUCUCCAGUACAAACAGUUGUGGAGAGAGUUGUAGAGAUGCCUCCUGCAGAAAUAAAAGAAGAAGAACCACCAAAAGGUCCAGAGAUCACUGAAGCACGGAUUUCGAGAAUUCCAAAACGAGCAGACAGCAUAAAGACUCCAGUUUUAGAGAGAAAACUGCCAGCACUACCAAAAAGUGUAACGCAAAGAAGUCAUAGUGCAGAUAAGAAUGAUAAUGUUUGGAGUCGGUUAUAUCAGGAAAAGAAAGGUCAGCUGAGAAAGACACGGGAUGUGUCAUCGCCUCCAACUGCUCAUACUUCUGGAAUUCCAACGCCUUCAAGAUCCAUUAGCAUAUCUGGUCCUUCUCCAGUUGCUGCAGUUGUGAAGCCAGUGAGCACAGAAAAUGAAAAAUACGGUACAUUAACACGCGACAAGCGUGAUCGUUUGAUGGCGAACGACGCGGAAUUGGAAAGGCAGCGGGAAGAGUUGAAGAAAUUGGGCAUUUUAUGA